UGCACCGGCCUUCAAUAAACCUCUUGCGUUUUGCAUCGACUUCCGACUCUUGUUGUUUCCUGGGCGAGUCGAAACUCCUAGGAGACCGCGCAGGUCUAACAUUUGGGGGCUCGUCCGGGAUUCCACUCGCCCCGGACCACAAGAACAUCGGGAGUUGGAGGUACCAGGUAAGCUCGAGCUUGAUUGUCUGUUUGUCCCUUGUUCUUUGUGGGCCAUUAUCGGAGGAAAGCCGUAAGAAUCGGCUUAUUAUGGAAUCUGUAUCGGACCUCUGGCUAGGCAGCCGUGCUAAUAGCCGGCGUCCAUGAGCCCUAGGGGACGCCCUGGUGGCUCAUCUGGAAGGAGAGGCAAACUCUGUCUCCCCUUCACUCGGUUUCGGCAGUUCCCUUGGUGAUAACUGCCAUCUGAAGAAGUUUCGGUUUUGAAGCGAGCUCGCGGUGGCCCAUACGUAUAUGUGUUUCGUGGAGUUUUAACUGUUUCUGUAUUGUGGUCUAUUCUUCUUCUCUGACGGACGACAAUGGGACAAACUAUGACGACUUCUCUUUCCCUUACCCUAAGCUAUUGGACCGAAGUUCGGGCCAGAGCCCAUAAUUUUUCGGUAGAGGUAAAGAAAGGAAAGUGGCAGACUUUGUGUGCCUCUGAAUGGCCAACAUUUCAGAUAGGAUGGCCCCCCGAAGGAUCCUUUUUAUUAGACAAGAUUAAGCUGCUGAAGUCUAAGAUAUUUAAUAUAGAUCCCCGCGGACAUCCAGACCAAGUACCAUAUGUCUUGGUCUGGGAAGAUUUAAUUCUCUCCCCACCUCCGUGGGUCCGGCCCUUUGUUUCCUCAACAGGUACGUCCGCGCAUACAUCAGCAGCGUCGGAGAUAUUAGCCUUAAAGAAAAACCCCAACACGGAGAAGCUACCCGACGCCCCGGAUCUACUGAAGGCGAUUUAUCCUGACCCGCAGUCCGAUUUGCUUCUUUUGGAUUCCCCACCCCCUUAUCCUCCGGCCCCGAAUCCCCUACCACCUAGAGGACCCCCCAAAGAAAGGGGUCCCUCAGUGGGCACUAGGAGCCGGAGGGCUAUCUCCCCGGACUCCACUGCCCUACCUCUUAGAGAAUAUGGCCCCCCCGAUGGCCAAGGGAAUAGACCUCUCCAAUAUUGGCCCUUUUCCUCUGCAGAUCUUUAUAAUUGGAAAAUGCAUAACCCAACUUUUUCCGAAAAUCCACAGGCCCUUACCGCUUUAAUAGAAUCUCUUGUUUUCUCCCACCAGCCCACAUGGGAUGAUUGUCAGCAGCUGCUCCAGACUCUCCUAACGACUGAGGAGAGGCAACGGGUUCUUUUAGAAGCCAGAAAAAAUGUAUUAGGCGCCAAUGGGCAACCUACCCAGCUGCCUAACGAGAUUGAUGCUGGUUUCCCACUCGUCAGGCCAAACUGGGAUUUCAAUGCCCCGGAAGGUAGGGAGCGCCUGAAAAUGUAUCGCCAGGCUCUGGUGGCGGGUCUCCAUGGAGCGGCCAGACGGCCCACUAAUUUGGCUAAGGUAAGGGAAGUAACUCAGGGGCCCCAGGAAUCGCCAACUGUGUUCCUGGAACGUUUAAUGGAAGCCUUUAGACGCUUUACCCCUUAUGAUCCAACUUCGGAGGGACAUAGGGCUACUAUAGCAAUGGCUUACAUAGAUCAAGCGGCCCCUGAUAUUAAGAAGAAAUUACAGAGGCUAGAUGGCUUGCAGGGAUUUUCGCUUCAGGAGUUAGUAAAAGAGGCAGAUAAAGUAUAUAACAAAAGAGAAACAGAGGAAGAGAAGGAAGAAAGAAAGCAGAAAGAGCAGGAAGCCCGUGAAAUAAGACGGGAUAAGAGACAGGAGAGGAAUUUAAGUAAGAUACUGGCCACUGUGGUUGGAGGAAGAAAUAUAGGGGAUAGAAAUAGGCAGGAAGGGCGAACGGCAGACAGAAGGCGGCCAUUAGACAAGGACCAAUGUGCCUACUGUAAAGAAAAAGGACAUUGGGCGAGAGAAUGCCCUAAGAAAAAGAAUGGAGGAAGGCCAACCAACAACAAAAUCUUAACAUUGAAAGAAGAAGACUAGGAAAGUCAGGGCUCGAACCCUCUCCCCGAGCCCCGGGUAACUCUUAAAGUGGAGGGGGAACCUGUUCAAUUUUUGGUAGAUACCGGAGCCCAGCACUCCGUCCUUCUCCACUCAAAAGGUCCUAUCUCAGCUAAAAGGUCAUGGGUACAAGGAGCCACUGGGAAUAAACAAUAUUCAUGGACCACACGAAGGACAGUAGAUCUUGGGAUUGGACGAGUAACCCAUUCAUUUUUGAUUAUUCCAGAAUGCCCCUAUCCUUUGCUGGGAAGAGAUUUACUCUCCAAAGUAGGGGCUCAAAUCCACUUUCAGCCAGAAGGUCCCACCAUAACUGAUAAUAAGGGAAGGUUACUUCAAAUAUUGACUAUGAAAUUAGAAGAUGAAUAUAAAUUAUACGAGCAGCCUUCAUCCUCACGAGUUAAUGUUACUGAUUGUGUAACUCGGUUCCCUCAAGCCUGGGCAGAAACUGCCGGAAUGGGGAUGGCCAAAAAUCGGCCCCCGGUGCUAGUGGAACUCAAGGCAACUGCCACCCCAAUAACGGUCCGUCAAUACCCCAUGAGUAGAGAAGCCAAAGACGGUAUCCGUCCCCAUAUACAGAGGCUACUAGACUUGGGCAUCUUAAUAAGAUGUCAAUCAGCAUGGAACACCCCUCUCCUGCCGGUAAAGAAACCAGGAACAAAUGAUUAUCGGCCGGUGCAGGAUCUACGAGAGGUAAACAAAUGGGUGGCAGACCUCCACCCCACAGUUCCAAACCCUUACAACCUCCUGAGCACUCUUCCACCUCAACAUACGUGGUAUACUGUUUUGGACCUUAAAGAUGCUUUUUUCUGUUUAAGACUCUCUCCCCUGAGCCAACCCUACUUUGCCUUCGAAUGGAAAGAUCCAACAUCGGGAAUGUCUGGUCAGCUGACAUGGACACGGCUACCUCAGGGAUUUAAGAACUCCCCGACCAUCUUUGAUGAAGCCCUCCAUCAGGAUUUGGCAUUAUAUAGAGAAUCAAAUCCCCAGGUAACAUUACUCCAAUACGUUGAUGAUAUUUUAUUAGCUGCUGAGACCCAAGAAGAUUGUAUCAAGGGUACUGAAAAACUGUUAACGGAACUUGGAACCCUGGGAUAUAGAGCCUCAGCCAAGAAAGCACAAAUAUGCCAACAACAGGUCAGUUACCUGGGGUAUCUAUUAAAAGGGGGGCAAAGAUGGCUCACGGAGAGCAGAAAGGAUACGGUGGCCCAAAUUCCGGCUCCCAAAAACGCCAGGCAGGUUAGAGAAUUUUUGGGGACGGCCGGAUUCUGUAGACUAUGGAUCCCAGGGUUUGCUGAGCUGGCAGCCCCAUUGUACCCCCUAACCAAAAACAGCACUCCUUUCGUUUGGGGUGAUAAGGAACAACGGGCUUUUGACCAAAUCAAACGAGCUUUACUUUCAGCUCCAGCCCUAGGACUGCCAGAUGUAACCAAACCUUUUCAUUUAUAUGUGGCCGAAAAUAAGGGCAUUGCAAAAGGAGUAUUGACUCAGAAAUUGGGUCCCUGGAAUCGCCCAGUUGCUUAUUUGUCAAAAAAAUUGGACCCUGUGGCAUCAGGAUGGCCCACCUGUUUAAAGACAAUCGCUGCAGUGGCCGUUCUAGUCAAAGAUGCUGACAAACUAACUUUAGGACAAAAUCUAACGAUAACAGCUCCUCAUGCCCUGGAAAAUGUAGUCCGUCAACCACCGGAUAGGUGGCUAACUAAUGCCAGGAUGACCCAUUACCAAACCCUGUUGCUAAAGUCAGAUCGCAUCAAGUUUGCUCCAGCCACAGGACUCAAUCCAGCCACCUUGCUACCUGAUCCUGACUUGGAAGGCUCCACCAACAUACAUGAUUGUCAGGAAGUACUAGCCGCAGCACACGGCAGUAGGCCAGAUCUGAUGGACCUGCCCCUCCCUGAUGCUGAUUUCACCUGGUUCACGGAUGGGAGCAGUUUCCUGGAGGAAGGUAAGCGUCGAACUGGGGCAGCCGUGGUAGACGGAAAACAAGUCAUAUGGGCAGCGGCGCUACCACAAGGGACCUCAGCCCAACGAGCUGAAUUAAUUGCCCUGACGAGGGCAUUAGAGAUGGCAGAGAAUAAAAAAGUAAACAUCUACACAGACAGUAGAUAUGCGUUUGCUACCGCUCAUAUCCACGGUGCCAUUUACCAACAGAGAGGGCUACUAACUUCAGGUGGCAAAGAAAUUAAAAACAAAGACGAAAUCGUGGCUUUGUUGACUGCACUCAUGCUUCCUACUAAAGUCAGUAUCAUCCACUGCCCUGGACAUCAAAAAGGAAAUACCCCAAUAAUUAGGGGAAAUAAUAUGGCUGACCAAGUGGCCCGAGAAAUAGCAUCGGGAGAAGUCAUUUUAGGACUGUCAGAUAAAGUUCCUGAAAAACCAGGCCGCGAUGAAGAAAUCAUCCCGGCCACAACAAAAGGAACUUUGUCCCCUCAGCAAGCAGAAUCCAUGUUACAACAGAUGCACAGAUGGACACAUUUGGGGACUAAAAAGAUGGUAGCCUUGUUACAAAAAGCCGGGUACGAAACCUCUGGAAUGACAAAAUUAGCUGAACAAAUUGUGCAGGAAUGCGUCCCAUGUCAACAGGUAAAUGCUCACAAAGGGAAACUUGAAACUGGAAAGAGACUCAGGGGGGACCGCCCAGGAACUUACUGGGAAGUGGACUUUACCGAAGUGCGUCCUGGAAGGUACGGUAAUAAAUACCUUUUAGUUUUUGUAGGCACUUUUUCAGGAUGGAUAGAGGCUUUCCCAACAAAGAAAGAAACAGCUGCUGUAGUAGCCAAGAAGAUUUUAGAAGAAAUUUUUCCUCGAUUUGGAGCAUCAAAGGUAAUAGGGUCUGAUAAUGGUCCAGCCUUCGUCGCCCAGGUAAGUCAGGAUGUGGCCAGAUAUUUGGGGACUGAUUGGAAAUUACAUUGUGCCUAACCCCAAAGUUUAGGUCAGGUAGAAAGAAUGAAUAGGACUCUAAAAGAGACCCUAACUAAAUUGUCCUUGGAGACUGGCGGUACCGAUUGGACGGUGCUCCUUCCUUUGGCCCUAUUCCGAGUUAGAAAUACACCUUCCCGAUACCAUCUUACUCCUUUUGAAAUAUUAUAUGGUGCCCCGCCUCUCCUCCUCACUUUAGGAAAAGAAAUAAAACCUGAUUGUCAAAAUAACACUGACUUAUAUGCUAGGCUACUGGGACUCCAAUUGGUCCAGAAAGAAAUAUGGUCCCAACUCGCCAAGGCCUACCAACCGGGAACACCGGGAGAAACUCAUCCUUUCCAAGUCGGAGACUCCGUAUACGUCCGUCGGCAUCGAACCCAGACGUUGGAACCUCGAUGGAAAGGACCAUACACCGUCCUCCUCACCACCCCAACGGCCAUAAAAGUGGACGGCAUCGCUGCCUGGAUCCAUGCUUCACAUGUGAAGGCUGCACCAGCGACGGCAUCAUCAGGAUGGCGGGCCCAAAGAACCGACAACCCGCUCAAACUCAAGCUUCUACGAACCUAAGACUUAUAAUUUUGGUUUUACUGCCUUUACUGACUGUAAGUGAUUUUAGCCCUCACCUCCCCCAACGUUUAAGUUGGCAGGUAAUUUCUCAGACUGGAGAUGUAACCUGGUCCAUUAGUCAUACUGCACCCCCCUGGACCUGGUGGCCAGAUCUUUUUCCUGAUGUUUGUAAAUUGGCUAUAGGAGCACCUUAUUGGGAUACAGAAGAUUCUCAUGAUAUGAACACUGCCCCUUCCAAAGUUUCGGAAACUGAUUGGUUUGGGCCGGGUUGCAAAAAUGCAGGCAAAAGAAUGAUGCUUGGUAUCCUCACUUUCUACGUAUGCCCCGGGUUCCACCGCCCUUGAUCUCUGAAUUAUAAAUGUGGUGGAACUGAAAACUUUUAUUGCAAAAGCUGGGGAUGUGAAACUACCGGGGAUACUAAUUGGAAACCCACCUCAACUUGGGAUUUUAUUACUGUAACGGCUAAUUAUUCUCAUAAUGAGGAUACCGGACACCGGAGUAAAUGUUCAGGAUGGUGUCAUCCCCUUAAAAUUUCCUUUAGUAAUCCCGGAAAAAGAGAUAAAAAAUGGAUAAAUGGUCAUUCUUGGGGCGUUAGAUUUUACAUGAGGGGAUAUGAUUUAGGAAUAUUAAUGACCCUUAAGCUAAAGAUUGAGACUCC